AGCAUCAUGGCCUCUGACCUGGAAAGCAGCCUCACUUCCAUAGACUGGCUCCCACAGCUUACUUUAAGGGCUACUAUUGAAAAAUUAGGGGGUUCAUCACAAGCAGGACCUCCAGGGGCUGCCCGAAAGUGUCCCCCAGGCUCACCGACAGAUCCCAAUGCCACCCUGAGUAAGGAUGAGGCUGCAGUGCACCAAGAUGGGAAGCCACGUUACAGCUAUGCCACUUUGAUCACGUAUGCCAUCAACUCAUCACCUGCCAAGAAGAUGACACUUAGUGAGAUCUACCGUUGGAUCUUUCCCUACUACAAAAAUGCUGGUAUUGGUUGGAAGAACUCUAUUCGUCAUAACCUCUCUCUGAAUAAAUGUUUUCGGAAGGUGCCUCGACCAAGAGAUGAUCCUGGGAAGGGCUCUUAUUGGACAAUAGAUACGUGUCCAGAUAUAUCUCGCAAGAGGCGGCAUCCUCCAGAUGAUGACAUACCACAAGACUCCCCAGAGCAAGAGGCAAGUAAAAGCCCCCGAGGGGCUGUUCCAGUCAGCACAGAAGCCUCUUUGCCACCUGAGGCCACCCCUCAGCUGUCGCUCCAGAGCACCGCCCCCAUUGCCAACUACAGUCAGCAGGGUGCUGGGCCUGUGGAUGUUGCCUCUACCGUAGCAGGGGGGCAGGGCCGUGAAGGGGCUGAUGUGCCACCCCCGCUGUACAGUGCCAACCAUGACUUCAAGUUCUCCUACUCUGAGAUCAACUUCCAGGAUCUUAGCUGGUCCUUCCGAAAUCUCUACAAAUCCAUGUUGGAGAAAUCCUCUUCCUCUCAGCAUGGUUUCUCUUCUCUUCUUGGUGACAUGCAGCCCUCCAACCACAACUACUACAUGUACCAGCAGCAGCAGCAGCAAGGCCCCUCAUCAGUGGGUGCUGCUCCCCCACUCCACACUCCAACCCCAGAGGGUUGCCCAUCCCAAGGGGGAAAGCAGCAGGGUGGUGAAGGUUAUGGUCCUCCACCAGUGAUGUCCAUGCACCCACCGCCAAUGCAGCAUGGAGGCUACCACCAGCAUCAACAACAUCACCCGCACUCCCACCCACAGCAGCAGCCACAUCAGCACCAGCAGCAGCAGCAGUCACAGACUUCAAUCAACAAUGCUGGCUUUGCAUUUCCCCCUGAUUGGUGCUCCAACAUUGAUUCCCUGAAGGAAAGCUUCAAGAUGGUAAACCGGCUGAACUGGUCUAGCAUUGAGCACUCCCAAUUCUCAGAGCUGAUGGAGAGUCUGCGCCAGGCUGAGCGGAAGAACUGGACGCUGGAUCAACACCAUAUUGCCAACCUUUGUGACUCCCUUAAUCACUUCCUUACCCAGACUGGUCAGCUCCCUCAUCUGGUUAGCCCACAGCAGCCACCCCGAAUCUCUGAUUCUUGUGCCCUGAACAGUGGCAAACAGGAGCAAUCCAUGAACCAAGUGAACUCCUAUGGUCAGCCCCAGCCUCCCCAUCUCUUCUCCGGGCCAUCUCCUAUGUACCAGAUUUCCACCCAGGACUCUCCAGGAUAUAAUCGCCCAGCUCACCAUCUGGUCCCUCGGCCUCCAGGGCCUCCUCCAGGCGCCAAUGAGGAAAUCCCUGAUGAUUUCGACUGGGACUUGAUCACCUAGCGAGUUACAGACUUGAUAGCCCGUCCUUUGUGAAGGACGCGGGAGGGGAGGGGGACAUGGGGUGAAUGGUGCCAGCACCACCCUCCCCAGCCUCCCUGCCUUGCCUGUAUAUAGAUAUAUAUUCUCUAUCUCCGCCAGAGAAGCCACCGCAAGAUGCUGCCGAAGAUAAUCCUUCCUUGCGUC